CCUUCUCCUCCAGCCGUCUCCGCUUGUCCUGAACGCCGCUCCAUUCAACUACACGGCGGGCUCUGAUUGGCUAAAAGCCGCGUGCGGGCUCGUGGACCAAUCAGCGUGGGCCACGGUGAGACUUUCUUCCUCUGAUACUUGUGCGGGAGACCCAGCAGCAACAGAGGACUGCCUGGUGUUUCAUCCGAGUGGACGAACAGAAAGAAGUUAAAGCCAUGAGACCGCUUUUGCUUGGAGUGCUGGGCUGCUCGCUGCUCCUGUCCGUGGAGGCUUUGUACUCCCCCAGUGAUGAUGUUGUCGAGCUCACACCUUCCAACUUCAACAGAGAGGUGAUUCAGAGUGACAGUCUGUGGCUGGUGGAGUUCUACGCUCCCUGGUGUGGACACUGUCGGAAUCUCGCUCCUGACUGGAAGAAGGCAGCAACUGCUCUUAAGGGAAUCGUGAAGAUCGGAGCUGUUGACGCCGACCAGCACAAGUCACUGGGGGGCCAGUAUGGAGUCAGAGGGUUCCCCACCAUCAAGAUCUUUGGAGCCAACAAGAACAACCCAGAGGAGUACCAAGGGGGGCGCACUAGUCAGGCCAUCGUGGACGGAGCGAUGAACGCCUUACGCUCUCUGGUGAAAGACAGACUCAGCGGGAAGUCCGGUGGCUCGAGCUACAGCCGACAGAGUGAUGGCGGCAGCGGCGGCAGCAGCAAGGAUGUGGUGGAGCUGACCGACGACAACUUCGAUAAGACUGUCCUGCAGAGCGAUGACGUCUGGCUGGUGGAGUUUUUCGCCCCCUGGUGUGGACACUGCAAAAAUCUGGAGCCCGAGUGGGCAGCUGCAGCCUCAGCAGUGAAGGAGCAGACGAAGGGGAAAGUGCGCCUCGGAGCCGUGGACGCCACUGUGCAUCAGGUUGUGUCCAGCCGCUAUGGGAUCCGUGGGUUUCCCACCAUCAAGAUUUUCCGUAAAGGGGAGGAGCCAGAAGACUACCAGGGAGGCCGAACCCGUGGAGACAUCAUUGAGAGAGCGUUGGAUCUGUUCUCCGACAAUGCUCCUGCUCCUGAGCUGGUGGAGAUCCUGAACGAGGAGCUCCUGAAGAGCACGUGUGAGGGCAGCCAGCUGUGCGUUAUUGGAGUGCUGCCUCACAUUUUGGAUACAGGUGCGGCUGGCAGGAACGGCUACUUGGAGGUGAUGAUCAAGAUGGCGGAGAAGUACAAGAAGAAGAUGUGGGGCUGGCUCUGGACCGAGGCGGGCGCUCAGAUGGACCUGGAGUCAGCGUUGGGCAUCGGCGGCUUUGGCUACCCCGCUAUGGCGGCGAUCAACACUCGCAAGAUGAAAUUCGCUUUGCUCAAAGGUUCUUUCAGCGAGAACGGCAUCCAUGAGUUCCUCAGGGAGCUGUCUGUGGGUCGGGGCUCCACCGCCACACUGGGAGGAGGGGUCAUGCCCAAGAUCCACGCCGUAGAACCCUGGGAUGGUAAAGACGGACAGCUCCCCGUGGAGGAGGACUACGACCUGAGCGACGUCGACCUCGACGAAGACUUUGAGAAGGACGAGUUAUGAGUCUGAACGGGAUCCGAUCCGACUCGGUCUGGUCUGGUCUGCGACCCCGUCCCCCCUCUCCUGUGGACGAAUGGGAGGCCCGGUUACUGAAAACCUCAAAUGACAGAGAGGAGCUCACAGUGAACUCUCCUGCUUUUUAAGAGUGAAUACUUUUACACAGCCGAGGGAGGAGGCGGAGCUUUUAAAUGUCCCAUGAUUCAUUUAGGUCUCCGCUUCAUAACGUGGGCCGUAAAAGUGGAACUUUAAGAUGACAAAAAUGUAUAUUUUCUCGUUUCAAUCCAGUCAAUGUGAGGUAAAGUGGAUUUCGGUGUCUGUUCAGGACGGGGGAGCUGUGGGACGUCUUGUGUAGAUUUUUCUUACACGACUUUAUUUGUGUGAAACCAACAUGACUUUUUUUGUUACAAAAAUAAUAAAAAAAACAAAACAAA